CCUGAGUUUAGCUCCACCUCUUCCGCGUUCUCGACUGAGACCUGCAGGUGGGGGUGCGCGCGGCCGUUCCCGCGGUGGUCAACUAAGAUGGACUCUCUCUGGGAUACCCAGGCUGGCAUCAGUUGCUAAGCACAAAUUUCCACGCUGGAGGAGAUGAAGCAGAAGCAGGCGGCAGACUGAAGGGCACUGACUGGACAGAGGCCAGUGGAUAACCCCCUGCGGCUGGCAGACACCAACCUUGGGAUUCCUCUGAGAGUUCACGUUCACAAGUGUCACUGCCGAGUUGAAGAACCUUGCGGAGAUGGGCAGCAGUGAGCCCCUUCCCAUCGUGGAUAGUGACAAGAGGAGAAAGAAGAAGCGUAAGACCCGGGCCACUGACUCUCUGCCAGGGAAGUUUGAAGACAUGUACCAGCUGACCUCGGAAUUGCUGGGAGAAGGAGCCUAUGCCAAAGUCCAGGGUGCUGUGAGCCUGCAGAGUGGCAAAGAGUAUGCAGUCAAAAUCAUCGAGAAGCAAGCAGGGCACAGUCGAAGCCGAGUAUUCCGUGAGGUGGAGACGUUGUACCAGUGUCAAGGGAACAGGAACAUUUUGGAGCUGAUUGAAUUCUUUGAAGAUGACACACGAUUUUACUUGGUCUUUGAGAAAUUGCAAGGAGGCUCCAUCCUAGCACACAUCCAGAAGCGGAAGCACUUCAAUGAGCUAGAAGCCAGCAGAGUGGUGCGGGAUGUCGCCACUGCCCUUGAUUUCCUGCACACUAAAGGCAUUGCUCACCGUGAUCUGAAGCCAGAAAACAUAUUGUGCGAAUCUCCAGAAAAGGUGUCUCCGGUGAAAAUUUGUGACUUUGACUUGGGCAGUGGAGUAAAAUUGAACAACUCCUGUACUCCCAUAACCACACCAGAGCUGACCACUCCAUGCGGCUCUGCAGAGUAUAUGGCACCUGAGGUGGUGGAGGUCUUUAGGGACGAGGCUACUUUCUAUGACAAGCGCUGUGACCUGUGGAGCCUGGGUGUGGUCCUCUACAUCAUGCUGAGUGGCUACCCCCCCUUUGUAGGUCACUGUGGGGCUGACUGCGGCUGGGACCGGGGAGAGGUAUGCAGGAUGUGCCAGAACAAGCUGUUCGAGAGCAUCCAGGAAGGCAAAUACGAGUUUCCCGACAAAGACUGGGCUCACAUCUCCACCGAGGCCAAAGACCUCAUCUCUAAGCUCCUGGUUCGAGAUGCGAAGCAGAGACUCAGCGCUGCCCAAGUUCUGCAGCAUCCAUGGGUGCAAGGGCAAGCUCCAGAAAGGGGACUCCCCACGCCGCAAGUCCUUCAGAGAAACAGCAGCACCAUGGACUUGACACUCUUCGCAGCUGAGGCCAUUGCCCUCAACCGCCAGCUGUCUCAGCAUGAAGAGAAUGAACUGGCUGAGGAACAUGAGGCCCUAGCCGAGGGCCUCUGCUCCAUGAAGCUGUCCCCUCCAUCCAAAUCUCGCCUGGCGAGAAGGCGAGCCCUGGCCCACGCUGGCCGAGAAGCAAACUCAUGUUCGACACCCGCAGGGCUCUGAACUGAUAUGCAGGCACACCUUGUCGGUGCCCCCUGACAACCUGUGAGGUCAAAGUGUGAAGCAAGCCGAGGGACCUGCCCUGCAGCCCCAGCAGGCCUUUACCAUCCACAAAGGCUCCUGGGUUCCCACCCAUCCCCCAUUUCCCUUGGGUCCUCGAAGGAGAAAGCUUUUUCCAAAGGGGUUGUCUUUGAAAAGGAAGGCAAUCACUUGUCACUUUGCAUAAUAGCCUGCAGCAGGAACAUCUCUCUGCCCGGCUCCAACUGCUCCCAAUGUGCAGAUCCGGGAUCCAGCUUGCGGUGGGGGCUGCUGGGGCUGCAGCCUUCAGGGAGCCGGCUUCCAGGAGCUGACAGAAGCUGCCAACAGACACGCCUCUUCUCCCCUGCACUGUCACCUUCUCGGGCGAUCCUCCCACCUUCCUCUGUCCUACAGACGUCCUCUCUGCCUGUCUUCUCCCCGGCUGAGCAAAGCCGUCCCCUCAAUUCGGGAAGGGCAGGGAACCAACCAGAUCAGUCUUCCAGUCUGUAGCAUGGAGAAGCACAUAAUCUUUCUUUGCCGUGACCGAGAUGUCUUCCUCAUUUAUCAUCCUCUUCCGUGUUUCGGAUUGUUGCUAAAGUCAGUAUUAUUCCUUUUUAAAAA